CUAGGAACAACGACCGUCGUGAUUUUCCAAAAUAAAGAGGGGACCGCGAAGAGCAACUGGAAGUAGCCCUUCCAGUCAGUAUUCUUGUUCUUGUUUUUAUUCACUGCCCACUACUCUGUCUUCUUCUUCGCUGCUAACUGCUAUUAAUUUACCUUGUCAACCUCAACGAUUUAACUCAAACGACCUUUCCAUCUGCCUCUUCUUCUCUCAACCUCUCCAUUAGAUCACAGAUAUGGCUGAGAAAAUAACAGCAGAGAAAAUUUUUAACAACCUAGUAGAAACCCUUGCUGACAGUGUUCCGAAGCAGAAAUCUGUGUCAUUUUUUGAGGAAGAGUCAAGCUCGGUAACUUCUCGUUUCAAUAGGCUGUUUGGACGUCAGAAGCCAGUUCACCAUCUUCUGGGAGGUGGAAAAUCUGCUGAUGUUCUUCUAUGGAGGAAUAAGAAGAUCUCAGCCAGUGUGCUAACUGUUGCAACGGCCAUUUGGGUGCUCUUUGAAUGGCUCAAUUACCAUUUUCUGACUCUUGUAUGCCUUGCACUGGUUCUCGGUAUGCUUACUCAGUUUGUGUGGAAAAAUGCUUCAGGAUUAUUAAAUGUAUCCCCUUCUAAGGUCCCCCGCCUUGUGGUACCUGAUGAGUUAUUCGUCAGUAUUGGCAGGUCAAUUGGGCUUGAGGUUAACCGUGCUUUGCGGUUUCUUCAGGAUGUAUCAUCUGGAGGAAAUUUGAAACAAUUUCUUUUGGUUAUAGCUAGUUUGUGGGCUGCUGCUGUCAUUGGGAGCUGGUGCAAUUUUCUAACUGUUAUGUAUAUUGGUUUUGUAGCUGCACACACAUUGCCAGUCCUAUACGAGAGGUAUGAAGACCAAGUAGAUGACUUUGUGUACAAGGUACUUGAACAGCUGCAAGGUCACUACCGUAAGCUGGAUUCCGGUUUCCUUAGUAAGAUUCCCAAAGGAAGGCUCAAGGGGAAGAAGCAUGAAUAGAUUAAUUUGGCUCUGUAUUUGAUAUUUUAAUUGUUGGUUAUUUAACUUGUGAAAAUGUUAUGGUGUAAUUCAUUUCAAGUGAUAGGUUCAUCAAAAUCUGGUUCUAGCAUGGUAAAUAUUUUGUUAGUCUAGGAAUAAUUGAUAUGGUUUAUCUUCGUUGUCAUAAUGAUAAUUUGUCUAAAUAUCUGAUGUUAAUUUAGGAAUUAUUUUUUAGUAAGCUUCAAUUAUUUGAUUUUGGUA